GACUUUACCGAAAGAACCGAAGAAUUUGAAUCCCUGCAGUCACGAAAUCUUUAAAUAAAAAAAGAAUAUACAUCUUUUAUAUUUCAGCUUCCGUCCUGGGACCCGGCAAACAAAGCUCGUAAUCAAUCUUUAUUUACAGCUUUCGUGCCUGCAGGAAUCCACACUCUUUGCGUCUUUAAGGGCAGAUUUAAUAUCUUUCCUUUGCCAGCAGAGGGAGCAGGAAGAGGAGAAAGUUCACUGCUGGUUGUGAGCGCGAGUCUCCCAAGCGAGGCCUUAUUCACCGGGGCUGGGGCGUUGACAGCCAGAUGAUCGUGGUCUUUGCGUGUUGUUGAUGUUGUUGUUGAUGUCGUCGAUGUCGUCGAUGUCGUCGUCUUAUUCUUUACAAAGAAAGAGCCGUCGUAGGUGAGGCAAAUUUCAGAAUAGCUCCAACCGCUGCUGUUGCCCCAAUACAACACAAUUCACUCCAAUACAACACAAUUCACUCCUGAGAUCUCAAGCCAACACAACCACUGCUGCCGCAAGCCCUUCGUUGCGGUGAGUGUCGUGCCUCUCAUGCGUGCAGGGAUGGCAUCUUCAGGGUCACUUACUGCCAGGCUACGCUCCCUGUACAGCCCUUGUGCGGCAUUAGCAGCGGCGGCGGCAGCGGCUCAGUCACCUGCACAGCUCAACUUCGUGCACGGCCGACAGACGAUCCCUGAUAAGUCGACCGGUGGGCCGGAGUUUGACGUCGUCAACCCUGCUACAGGUGGCCUGCUUUGCCGAGGCCAGGCAUCUGGCGCAGUGGACGUUCAGGCGGCCGUGAAGGAUGCCCGAGAGGCAUUUGAGGGGUCCUGGAGGGGCCUUUCAGGCUCGGAGCGCAGCCAACAUCUCCUGCGAGCAUCUGCAAUAAUCAAGGAAAGGAGGGAGGAGUUGGCUGUGAUGGAGGUGAAGGACACAGGCAAGCCGGUGUACGAGGCGCGAAUGGAUGUGGACUCGGGGUGGCAGUGCCUGGAGUACUUUGCGGGACUCGCUCCCACCAUCGCCGGCCAGCACAUUCAACUCCCUGGCGGCUCCUUCAUGUACUCGAGGCGGGAGCCGUUGGGAGUGUGUGUGGGCAUCGGAGCGUGGAACUUCCCCUUUCAGAUCGCCUGCUGGAAGUCUGCCCCAGCCUUGGCGUGCGGCAAUGCGAUGGUAUUUAAGCCAUCGCCCCUCACUCCGCUGACCGCCGUGGCUUUGGCGGAGAUUUACACCGAGGCCGGUUUACCACCGGGCCUCUUUAACAUCGUCCAGGGCGAUGGGGAAACCGGGCAGCUGCUCUGCUCCCAUAACGACGUGGCCAAGGUGUCCUGCACUGGCAGUGUGGGCACAGGCGUCAAGGUGCUGCAACAGACAGCGCCAAGGAUAAAACCCGUGACCCUGGAGCUGGGGGGAAAAUCCCCCCUCAUCGUUUUCAGCGACUGUGACCUGGACAACGCGGUGAAGGCAGCCCUCAUGGGGAACUUCCUCAGCCAGGGGCAGGUGUGCUCCAAUGCGACGCGAGUGUUCGUCCAGCGAUCCGUGUGCGAGCGGUUCCUGGAGCGAUUGCUGGACAGGGUGAGCGCCAUCCGCAUCGGAGACCCCCAGCGAGACAGCACCACCAUGGGAGCCCUCAUCAGCCAGAGCCACCUGGACAGGGUGCUGGCCUACGUGCAGAGGGCCGUGCAGGAGGGAGCAAAGCUCGUUUGCGGUGGCAAAAAAUAUGUUCCUGAGGAUCCCAGCCUUAAGGGAGGGUUCUUCAUGACUCCCUGUGUUCUGGCGGAGUGCAGGGACGACAUGCAGGCCGUGCGGGAGGAAAUAUUUGGACCUGUCAUGGCCGUCCUCGCCUUUGACACGGAGGAAGAGGUGUUGCAGAGGGCAAACGCCACAGACUUUGGAUUGGCAGCCGGCGUUUUCACAAAAGAUCUGACUCGAGCCCAUCGUGUAAUAGCUGCUUUGCAAGCUGGGUCCUGCUACAUCAACAACUACAACGUUGUCUUAAUGGAGAUGCCCUUUGGAGGCUACAAGAUGUCUGGGUUUGGAAGGGAGAAUGGAAUGGCCACUGUGGACUAUUACACUCAGCUCAAGACUGUGUAUGUUGAGAUGGGAGAUGUUACAUGCACACUGUAACACUCACUUCUCGGAUUCUUUAAAAAAAAGUUAUGCAGCUUUACAAUUAAAAAUUAUAAUCAAUCAAUGUCAUUGUCGACAUUUGUCUGUGCUUUCCCAUAAAUGUACUGUUCUGCAUAUGAUCCUGUUUUAAAGAUUGCAAAAUAAAAUCAGUUGCAACACUG